UAUAUAUAUAUACAGCCCUCUGUAUUGUAUCUAACAUCAUAUGAAACUCACAAAAAUUACAGAGAGAGAGAGAGAAUAAAAAUCCAGUCUUUAAUUCCAACAUUUAAUGUUUGUCUGAAACUCUCAAAAUUAAAAAAAAAAAAAAAAAAAAAGAAUGGCAGGAAAUAUGGAUCGGAUAAAGGGCCCGUGGAGCCCGGAAGAAGACGAUCUAUUACAGUCGUUGGUUCAGAGGCACGGCCCGAGGAACUGGACCCUGAUAAGUAGAUCCAUACCCGGAAGAUCCGGAAAGAGCUGCCGACUACGGUGGUGCAACCAGCUCUGCCCGCACGUGGAGCACCGCCCCUUCACGCCGGAAGAAGACGACGCCAUAAUCCGGGCCCACUCCAGGUUCGGGAACAAGUGGGCCACCAUCGCCCGCCUCCUCUCGGGCCGGACCGACAACGCAAUCAAGAACCACUGGAACUCCACCCUCAAACGGAAGUCCGCUUCUCUCAGCUUCAGCUCCGACGGCGGUGGUGGUGGUGUCGGGUCGGAGCGGCCUCUGAAGAGAUCCGUCAGCGCCGGGUCGGGUCUGCCUGUGUCGGGUCUUUAUUUGAGUCCGGGCAGCCCUUCAAUCUCCGACGGUUGCAAUUCGAGUCUGCAGGUGGUGGUGCCGCCGAUUGACGACCCGCCGACGGGUCUAAGCCUUUCGCUUCCGGGAGUCGAGUCAACUGAGUCGACGACCAGUCACAGGACUGAGUCAACUCAGCCGAAAAUGAACCCGGUCCAAUUGACGCUGCCGCUUCUGACCACUCCGCCGCCGCCGCCGCCGCCGCAGUUGGGUUUAAGUAGUGAAUUAAUGGCGGUUAUGCAGGAAAUGAUAAGGGCGGAGGUGAGGAGUUACAUGAUCAUGGGCGGCGUAGAGCAACAGCAGAAGAUGGGAAUAUGCGUUCAGCUAGGAAAUAAUGCAAAUGAGGGAUUUAGGAAUAACGCCGCCAUGAAAGGCGUCGGGAUUAGCCGGGAUUGAUUAAUUUAUCUUUAUCUUGAAAAAGAAAAUAGGGAAAUCAGAAAAAUAAAGAAUUAA